AUGAUACAGACGCCAAGGGAGUUGUUGAAUCCACGGUACACGUACCAUACCAUCUUUAGCGACGUGUGCAAGACCCGAUUCAACCAUUUAGUUACGAGGUUGUUUUUCAUAUGUUCUAUUAUCCAAACUGUGGUGAUUUCACUGCUGGCGUUGCCACACUCACCGUUAUGGGAACUGGCAUUGGCAUUUAUUCCCAAUAUUUUAGCUCUUAACCUAGUUUCCCUUUUGAUCAUUGUGACAAGAAAAAAUUACAUGCAUGUAAAGAAUUUUGGGUUCGCUAAUUCACUUACUUUCAUUCUAGGCCAAUUGUUAUCAGUAAAGUUUCUUGUAUACCAGGGAGUCUAUAGCAUGGGCAGCAUCCUUUUAUCAUUCGUACUGGGUGUGGUUUUCGGACGUGGCGGAUCUGGAUGGAAGCCAUACUAUAAGCUGUUUAUUUGGCUAGUCGUUCCCACGAUUUACAACCUACAACAUCAUGUCACUGACGCUGACAAAUUGUCGUUCAACUGCGAAAACUUUUUCCAGGCCCCACAAGACUACGUAUUAGAGCGUGUCAAGAGGAUUAUGGAGAAGUCAGUCAUUCUAAGUGUAAUCAGCAUGUUCGUAUUACCAAUCUUUACCACAGUAUUUUUUUCCAGGCAAAAAUCGGGAUUAUUUGAUUCAUUUACGAAUGGCGUGCUAGCUGUCACAAAUUUACUAAUAAUCUCCUGCAUUAUCUUCAUCACUUUCGAAUUCAUAAAUAUAGCAUUUGACGCACAUAUGUCCAUAGGUUGUCUGCACAAGGGCAAGCUAAUUUCGAAUUUGUCGUCGACGCCGAUGGAAACCCUGCUUAGUGGGCUUUCUGCAGACAAGCCAUUUACUAGGUUGACUGCCUACCAGGAACUAGCGUAUAGGGCCACUUCACUGGAUCCAUCAUUGCGAGCACCAAUAUAUCACUCCAAGUUCAGAAGCAGUAGUGGUAAUACUUGGUCAUUAAUCCUCAAUGAAUGCUUGAAGACCAUUCAGAUAAACAAUGAAAAGGUUGUGCAGUACCUAAGAUCAGUACAAGAUCUUGGGGGCUCUGCAACUGCUAGACAUAAAAAAAAAGUAGAAAAUCUAGAUUAUAUGUAUGAGAACGGGAAACUAACAAGCGCCAACGAAAGACUCUUUGGGAACCGACCCUCUAUGAUGGCGCCAUUACGGGAUAACGGCUUAUUAGAUGAAUCACCAAACAGGCUGAGGGUAAGAACUGACGAUAGUGUAUUGCUUAACCGCGGAAACAAGAAAAGGCAUAGGUCCUCGUAUUACGACAACGAUUUAGAUGAAACGACACAAACUUUUAACGGCUCUAUUUUCACCCACGAAACAACAUUUAUGACCGCUAUGCGUCUGAUGUUAAAAAAACUGAAAAAUUCUAUAAUGUCGUUUAUUUUCCCUUCCUACGCAGAAAGACAAUCAUCUGAUGAAAGCGACAAUUACAGACUAUUACCAAAUGGCUCCAACAAAGCCCAAAUCUCGAUAAUUGACAUAUGGUCCAUUUCCAAGAAAAGGCAAGCUGAGAAGCUGGUUCCAUUGCCCAUAUGCCACGCAAAUAGUGUGGUAGCACUGACAGGACUGCUGAUCCGAUCAAAGACAGAAGAUCCAAAAGGCGGUAUCAUUGCAUCCGUUGGGGAUAUUCUUAAGACUUUGGAGAGGUCCAUCUGUGCACUGGGUGAAUUUGCCGAUUGGGAUCCGGAAUCGAUGGCAUACACUGCCUUCCAAACACAAAGGACAGCCCAAGAUAGAGUACAACAAGACAGUGAAGACGAAGAUAGCAUGAAAGACACUACUGACAUGAUCAGUGUUCUUUAUCAGCUGUCCACCAGUGCUUUUAUGGAGAUUGUACUUGAAUACAAUGUUGCUCUGAACGACGUAUAUUUGGAUGCAGACGUGGCCAAGUUGGCGAACUGGUUUCUAGAAGUGUACGCCUCAGGCAACCCUAAUGCUACGUAA